GACACCAUUAUCACAUCAAAAGAUAUACAUAAAAAAAUGUUUUUCGAUAGAAUAAAUGGGAUAUAACGGUACUGAAAUCGCAUCGAACCGGUGUAUGUGUUGAUCGAUUUACCCACAAAUUGGAUCCUACAAAAGGAAAGGGAAAAAAAUCCAGAUCCCCAAAAAAUCGAAAUAGGAAAGAAGUCGGAAGGAGUGAUGCAGUGAUCUUCAACUAUGGAGCAGCCGCCGUCGAAGAGCUGGAGCAUCCACACGCGCCGCGAGAUCACCGCCAACUACGAGAUCCUGGAGCGCGUGGGCUCCGGCGCCUACUCCGACGUCUACAAGGCCCGGCGCCGAUCCGACUCGGCUACCGUCGCCCUCAAGGAGGUCCACGACUACCAGUCCGCCUUCCGCGAGAUCGAGGCUCUCCAGACGCUCCAGAACUGCCCUAAUGUCGUCCUCCUCCACGAGUACUUCUGGAGCGACGACGAAGAUGCCGUUCUCGUGCUCGAGUACCUUCCCACCGACCUCUCCGCCGUCGUCAAGGUCGCCAAGAAAGAAUGGAAUGGCGGGAUCACUUCCGGCGAGCUCAAACGCUGGAUGGUGCAGAUUUUGCGCGGGGUCGACGCCUGCCACCGCAAUUCGAUUGCUCACAGGGAUUUAAAGCCGUCGAAUCUGCUCAUUUCCGCUGACGGAACUCUCAAAAUCGCCGAUUUUGGUCAGGUCUAUACACGAGUCAUCGACCUACAACAACCUUUGAAGCCCCUAAAACAGAACCAAAUACAGGCUCAUGUCCACUGCUACAAUCAUCCUCUAGCUUCUGAAGAUGCAGUUCCUCUUGAUGAGUUACCCAUAGUCAUUCGCAAAGUUAUUCCAACUUACCAAGAGGCACUUAAACACCCUCAAUGGCGAGCCGCUAUGGAUGAGGAGAUGCGAGCUCUCUUGAGUCAUGGUACUUGGAUAUUGGCUAGGAUACUCCUUGCUCCUGGAUUUCUUGAUGAGGGCACUUAUAAUCAGUCCAGCGAGCAGCCUUCGUUAAAUCAAGCAGCAUUUCCUCAAUCAUCCGAAACUGUUCCUCCCAGACUAGAUGGCCACUUCCCUCAAGAGCAUGUGGAAAAGAUAAGUGGAAAGGGGGCUUCAGAGCCAGAUGACCUUAGAAUGGGUGAGUUUCACAAUGAUGGUGAUGAAGAAAGUGUAACUCAUGAUGGAGCUGCUUCUUGUCUUGCUACAUGCACGACAAGUGAUCUUGAGGAUCCCUUCCAGCAGUCUUAUUCUUAUGAAGCUGAGGAGGGUCAGGUUGAUGGGAAUGGUGCUCUUACCUCAUGUGUUGGAACCCGGUGGUUUAGAGCCCCUGAGCUACUUUAUGGUUCCACAAAUUAUGGGCUGGAGAUUGAUCUGUGGUCACUCGGUUGUAUAUUCGGUGAGCUCCUGAGUCUUGAACCAUUAUUCCCGGGCGCGUCGGAUAUUGAUCAGCUGGGUAAAAUCUUUAGCGUUUUGGGUAACUUGACCGAGGAGAUCUGGCCUGGUUGUGUGCAUCUUCCAGACUACAAUAUAAUCUCAUUCGGUAAAGUUGAAAAACCUAGUGGUAUAGAAGCGUGCCUUGUUAAUCGGUCUCCUGAUGAGAUUCUUCUUGUGAGAAAACUAUUGUGCUAUGACCCAGCUAGCAGAGCUACCGCGAUGGAAUUGCUUCAUGAUAAGUAUUUGAAUGAAGAACCCUUACCAGUUCCUAUCUCUGAGUUGAGGGUUCCCUCCAAACAUGGGAGUCCUGAUGAGGAUUCCUCUGUUAACUGGAACAAUUAUGAAGGUCUUGAACUGGAUUCGGAUUUUGAAGAUUUUGGGCCAUCACUGGUCACUAGCACGGAUAACGGCUUCUCAAUUCGCUUCUGUUAAUAAGCAAAGAUGAGCCAAUAAGUAUUAUGUUUGUGGAUGAUCAGAGAAAUUGCUGGAGAAACUGUGCAACUCUACCAAUAAAUCACUUUGUUGUGAGUUGAGGGAUAUAGAGGCUAUAGCUACUUUUUAUGUACCCAGAUUAUGAAAGAAGUUGGUUAUGCUUUUAUCCAUCAACACCCCAAAAGCGAGCACUGUGUCUGUGUCUGUGUCUGUAUGAAAGACUUCAGGCAAUGAUAAGUAUACCUUAUAACUUGUGUACAA